GGGAUACAGAAGAAUCAGAUGUUCGAUACUCUGCAUCAUCAGAUGUGUUAUCAGUAUAUCCAUUACCCCUGUUUUGCAAGCUUUGCUCCUUGAUUAGUGAGACAUCAUGUUUCAGUUUAGCGAUAAGAUCA